UGUGGGGCGGACCUUGGAGCUCGCAGACGAGACGCGCUUCUCCCCGCGGCUGACCGGACACGCGGAACCACUCUAAUUGUCGGACGGUCUCGCACGAGGGACUUGAGGUCGGUUUACCACGCGCCACGUAUCCGGGGAUAAGACGCAGAACGGCGCGGCGCCCCGUCCACGAGAAUGAAGACGGGCAGCACGGGAGGAAUCGCGCGCUUCGACAGCCCGGGGAAAGGACGCGGCUUGCGCGCCACCGAGCCGUACAAAGUUGGGGAUCUGCUACUCGCCUGCCCCGCGUACGCCUGCGUGCUGUCGGUCGGCGAGCGGGGCUACAUUUGCGAGCACUGCUUCGCGAGGAAGGAAGGCCUCUCCAAAUGUGGCAAGUGCAAGAAAGCGUUUUACUGCAAUGUGGAAUGUCAGAGGAAGGACUGGCCGCUGCACAAGUUGGAGUGCUCGGCCAUGUGCGCGUUCGGCGAGGACUGGUGCCCGUCUGAGACCGUGCGGCUGGUGGCGCGCAUCAUCGCCACGCAGAAAGCUCAGAAAGAAAGGAGUGCAUCAGAGAAACUGCUACUGCUGAAGGACUUGGAGGCCCACCUGGAUAAGUUAGAUAAUGAGAAGAGAGAGAUGAAUGAGUUGGACGUCGCUGGUUUGCAUCACUUCUACUCCAAACACCUGGACUUCCCCGAACACCAGGCCCUGCUUACACUGUUCGCUCAGGUGAACUGCAAUGGCUUCACAGUGGAGGAUGAGGAACUGUCUCAUCUGGGAUCAGCAGUGUUUCCAGACGUUGCUCUGAUGAAUCACAGCUGCUGUCCUAACGUCAUCGUCGUUUACCGCGGGACCCUGGCCGAGGUGCGGGCUGUGCAGGCCAUCAGCCCGGGAGAGGAGAUAUUCACAAGUUAUAUAGACCUGCUCUACCCAACUGAAGACAGAAAUGAAAGACUCCGAGACUCCUACUAUUUUAACUGUGACUGUAGAGAGUGCACCACCAAAUCCAAGGACAAAGUGAAGCUAAAACUCAGAAAGAUGGGCGACGGUCUACGCUCCGAGGAGGUCCGAAAAAUGACGCGCUACGCGAGAAACGCCAUUGAAGACUUUCGCCGGGCCAAACAUGAGAAAACCCCUGCAGAGUUGCUGGAGAUGUGCGAGCUGAGUCUGGAUAAGAUGGGUGCCGUGUUCGAGGAGUCCAACGUGUACAUGUUGCACAUGAUGUACCAAGCCAUGGGCGUGUGUCUGUACAUGGAGGACUAUGAUGGGGCAUUGAGUUACGGAGAGAAGGUCAUUAAGCCGUUCAGUCAGCUGUAUCCGCCAUACUCCCUGAAUGUUGCCUCCAUGCACCUGAAGCUGGGGCGCCUGUACAUGGCUCUGGACCGGACGCUGGCAGGCACCACCGCGCUCAAGAAGGCUUUGGAAAUUAUGAAGGUUGUUUACGGGAAGGACCACAGUUAUAUAAAGGAACUGAAGGAAGAGAUAUCUCGGAAAAAAUAAGCACACACACACUCACACACACACACACACACACACACACACACAUACACACACACA